AUCAGUCCAAGGACAUUACUCUGGAGGCGAAGAGCCUGGGACUCGGGCAGCGAUCGGCGAGGACUGCGCCUGCCUCCUGCCCGCUGGCGGCGAGCGGCUGCGUGUCCCAGCUCUGCCCGGCCGGAGACCGGCGCUGAGGGAGCCUCUCGGCCCCGCGGGUCUGCACUCUGGGGAGAGGGGUGCCCGGGACAAGACUGGCAAACUCCGCCCUCCACUUAGUAUUUUGCUUAUUUUUCUUUGUGCGCGCUGGUUAGUUAGUUAAACCAGAUCUGGUCCCAGAGUCUUUUCUCCUCCCUUCUCCUCCCCCUCCUCCCCCUCCCCCUCCUGUCCCUUCGACUUCCCCUCCUCCCUGUCCCUCUGCAGGAGACUCUCACAAGCAACGGAAAGUUGCAGCCCUCGGUACCGCCUGGGGGGGGCCCCUCCGGCCGCGUCCUACCGCCGCCAACCGUCCCCGACGACGGCAGUUGGAAGAUCUCCGCUUGAGCCCUAACGCCCGCUUGCCGCAACCGGAUCGCCAGUGCUCAACGCCCCACCCAUGACGAUGCUCCUGGACGGAGGCCCGCAGUUCCCCGGGCUGGGAGUGGGCAGCUUCGGCGCGCCGCGCCACCACGAGAUGCCCAACCGCGAGGCGGCGGGCAUGGGGUUGAAUCCCUUCGGGGACUCGCCCCACGCCGCCGCCGCCGCCGCCGCCGCCGCCGCUGCCGCCUUCAAGCUGAGCCCUGCCGCGGCUCAUGAUCUGUCUUCGGGCCAGAGCUCCGCGUUUACGCCUCAGGGUUCGGGUUAUGCCAACGCCCUGGGCCAUCACCACCACCACCAUCACCACCACCACCACGCCGGCCAGGUGCCCAGCUACGGCGGGGCCGCCUCCGCCGCCUUCAACUCCACGCGUGACUUUCUGUUCCGCCAGCGCGGCUCGGGGCUUGGCGAGGCGGCCACGGGAGGAGGGCAGCACGGGCUCUUCGCCAGCUCGGCCGGCAGCCUGCACGCGCCCACGGGCAUCCCCGAGCCCCCCGGCUACCUGCUCUUUCCCGGGCUGCAUGAGCAGGGCGCCGGGCACCCGUCGCCCACGGGGCACGUGGACAACAGCCAGGUCCACCUGGGCUUGCGCGGGGAGCUGUUCGGCCGCGCGGACCCCUACCGUCCGGUGGCCAGCCCGCGCACGGACCCCUACGCGGCGGGCGCGCAGUUCCCGAACUACAGUCCCAUGAACAUGAACAUGGGCGUGAACGUGGCGGCCCACCACGGGCCUGGCGCCUUUUUCCGUUACAUGCGACAGCCCAUCAAGCAGGAGCUGUCGUGCAAGUGGAUCGACGAGACUCAACUGAGCCGGCCUAAGAAGAGUUGCGACCGGACCUUCAGCACUAUGCACGAGCUGGUGACGCAUGUCACCAUGGAGCAUGUGGGGGGCCCCGAGCAGAACAACCACGUCUGCUACUGGGAGGAGUGCCCCCGCGAGGGCAAGUCCUUCAAGGCGAAGUACAAACUGGUCAACCACAUUCGAGUGCACACGGGCGAGAAGCCUUUCCCCUGUCCCUUCCCGGGCUGCGGGAAGAUCUUUGCCCGCUCCGAAAACCUCAAGAUCCACAAAAGGACCCACACAGGUGAGAAGCCUUUCAAGUGUGAAUUUGAAGGCUGUGACAGACGCUUUGCCAACAGCAGCGACCGCAAGAAACACAUGCAUGUGCACACCUCGGACAAGCCCUACAUCUGCAAAGUGUGUGACAAGUCCUACACGCACCCGAGCUCCUUGCGCAAGCACAUGAAGUGUUGUCCUGCUUGGUAUCCGGGACAGUCUCUAAUUCCUGACGAAGAACUUGAUACUGACGUUGGUAUGCAGCAGCCAUCCCUCCAUAACACUACCUAUCCUAAAUGCAGGGUUAAUGCCGAACCUACAGUGCAAGAAAUGAUUUACUGAUGAGGUUUCAAAGAAAACCACAUCAAUUUGGAUGUCUGUUACCUUGAAGUGAUCAUUUUAAGAAUAGUACCUUCUUCCGUAGGUAUAUAUAUAUAAAAAAGACUGUUUUCUCCUUUUGGUAUAUUUCAUUCCGUGUUGAGCUAUUGUUUGUGAAUUGAAAACAACAACAACAAAACACCUCUCCC